AUUGUACAAUUUUAUCAACUUUGUUUAAUACAGACAUUUUAUACUUAUUUUUUGCUAUUUCCUGCCAUUCAUAUUACCUAUCACGCACCUGGCCAUCCUGUUAUUAGACGUUUUCACCUCAUCACACUGGACCAAAUACACACACACACACACAAACACAUUACGCUACUGUGCAUCACAUUUCAAUCCCUAACAUGCUCUUGGUCGGAUCAAUUUCUCUACACCCAGACUCGCCUGAAGUCAUCCUGCUUGGUGGACCAAAUCAGGCAAGCAGCGGAUAUAUCACGGGGCGUGUAGUGGUGGUCUCGAAAAACAUCGACCAGCUAAAAUCACUCAUAGUCACACUGCGGCCGCAGCGACAGCGACUGUUCCAAACACAGAGCUUACUCACGCCGCCGCUGCUGUUGCAAACGGCUUUGGUCACAGACGGCCAAUCUGAACGGCAUGUUAUAAAUAAUAGAAUUCCAGGCAAGGGCCACGAAUGGCGAUUCUCUAUUGAGAUUCCGGGGUCGACUGCCGAGACAAUAUUUUCCAAGGAGCAUGUGGUUGCCUACGAGUUGGUCGCCGACGCUCGCACCUACGGUUCGUUCGCCAAUGCAUCACAGUCGAAAGCCUGCUCGAUCAUGGUUAAGCGGACGCCUUCCAUAGACUCUUUGUGGACGAUGCAGGCAAGCGCGCCCAUCACUGAAACCGUGGUCUGGCGGUCUAAAUUGGAGCUAACUAUUUUUACAAACUCGCGAAUUAUUCAUGAUGAGGAGGUAAUAUCGGUGCGCGGCACUAUCAGGCCGCUUGAAAAGGGCAUGUCCAUGGCGUACGCUGGAUUUCAGAUUUUUGAGCGGAUUACGAGGGAGGUCACUGUUCGUGGUAGCUUGGAGCUGGUUGAAUAUAACGAAGUGAUUACCAACAGCACAGUCGAUAUCCAUAGCAUAUAUUCUGCAAUGGACAAUGACAUAAGUGGUGGCGGCAGCAGCAGCAGCAUCGGCAUUGGCAGGAGAAGCACCAGUAACUAUAGGUCUAUGGGAAGCAAUUCAAUACCCGAAAAGGCCGACUUCCCUCUUGUCCAGGAAAUAUCGAUCUCGUGCACUCUGACUGUUCCUGAGAUAUACACUGGCAUUCAGUACGACAUUCAUCGUGGUCCCAUCAAGUCCAGUCACGAGCUCAUUCUUUUCAUCGCCAUUACAGACGACCAAGGAAAUCCGCAGAGCCUGCGACUGUCGACGCCCAUGUUUGUUUUACCAAAGGUAGUUGGAAAACAAGCAAAUCUCCCUCGCUACGAGGACACUGACAUGGAUCAGCUGGUUGAGACAUCAUCCGACUGCAACGUCGAACGGGAUGUUGAUUUUUGGUCAAACUUUGUCACUGCGGCAGCGGAAAGUAAUUCCACAGAUGACUGUCCAUUGGCCUUGGAGGGGUACCAGGCACUCUCUGCCAAUGAUGUUCCUCCACCAUCUUACCCUGGCGCUGCUAACACCAUUGAUCGCACGGUUGUGUCUGCAACCAUGGCAACUCCGGCCCAAGCUUUCACAAGGACCCAUCGAGUACGCAGGAUUUGCUCUCGUACUCUGCUCAGAUCUUUGUCUGUGUCUUCGACAUCAGGAAAUUCAGGCACCACUUGCAAUGAGUUUGUCUUCGUUUGAGUUGUAAUAUUUGGCUUUAUUUUCUCUCCCCAAAUUUUCCUUUAUUAAAUUAUUGUUAUUGUUGUUGUUCUUGGCAGGUUCAUUAUAAAUUAAUUUUUGAGCACGGGACUGAUGAGGAGCCCAAGUUCUCAGUGUGAGUAUUUCUGUAUGCAAGUGGCAGCUGGCUGGGCUUAAAAUGCCG